CUGGCAAUUGGUUAUCCCGUCACAUGUACUACAGUAUACGUUCUAGCCUUGUGAGAUACGCGAGUAAUUCUGACGAUUUCGUUCGUUUCAAUUUUUAUUGGUACGUAAGUAAUAUUUUUAAUUAAAAUUUUAAUAUUGUCUCGUUAAAUUAUAUAUUAGAUUAUAAUAUAUCUAGAUAUUUUCCUAAAAUGCCUAGUUAAUAAUUGUUGGUGCAUUUAUGCCAGUAAAGAAAACGUAGAGAUAACUUAUUUUUAAGUAAAGAUACAAAAUUAUUAUCUAUAGGCCGUAUAUUUACCUAUAUUAACAAGGAAAAAUCAAUUAAAUGUUGUUGGUACCUAUAAAGUUUUACAACUAUCGUAAUAUAGGUACUUAUUUGAAAUAUUUGUUUAUUUAGUAAAUAAUUCUGGCAUAGAUUAUAUUAUAUUAUGUAUUUAUGUUUAGGCAAAGAUUUUUAUUGACAACUUUACCUGCCUAUAAACAUAUUUUGUUCAAGUUUUUAAAAAUAAUAUCUACGAAUACUAAUUUAUUUACAAAUAUAUAUAUAUAUAUCGGUAUAGUAUUAAUUAGAUACGUAUACUCUAAAAAUAAAAUGUUUAGUGUUAUAUUUGCCUAUUACAUAUAUUUUUUACUUAUUAGAUGUAACUAUAGGACUAUAGAUUCCGAAAUCUGCCUUUUGAUCUAUAAAUGUACAGAAAAUAUGCUAUGAUUUUACCAAAUUACACUUAUGUAUGAAUUGCAAAAUAUAUUUUCCUGUACCUAAAGGUUUCAACAAUAUCGAGAUAACAUUUAUUAUUUUUGUAUUUUGCGAUCUUGGUCAUCCCUUUUAGCCUUACUAAAGAGUCUGUUCCUUAAACUUUAUAAUUAUAUGUAUUAGCCUAUUGUAUCUAUAUAAAUAUAAUAUAUAAAUGAAUGUUUACUUUAUUCAAAUUAAUAAGUUGAUACAUACUUACCGGAAAUCAUUGUAUGUUCAAUAACCUGAUCGAGUUGGUAUUAGGUCAUUUACUCUCUGGAUAUUUUGUACACAUUAUGUAAUGGACGUGGUUGUUAUAAGCACCCAACUGGUUUCUUACGUUGACCACUUUCACUCAGAAAUCAUUCCGUAUACCAGGAUAUAAUAAUAUAAAAAUACCAUAAUAAAAAAAAAAAAAUGAUACAGAAACUUAAUGUUUUAGUUACCUAUUUAUUUUGAUUUCUACUUUUUACACCUACCUAUUUUAGUCCUAUGUAUCAAUGUAAAUUCAUUUCAUAUAUUAUACUUAUUCUAUACUUAAUUGUAUUGUUAAACUAAAGAUCAUGCACACGUGUGCUAAAAUAUUAUUAUUAGAGUUGGCAGAAUUUCAAAUCAUUGAAUUUAUAUUUUUAAAAUAUAAAAUCUAUUUUUUGUGGAAUUUGAAUAUGAAUUUUACCCAUCUCUGUUACCUGUUAGUAGUUAUUCAAUAGAAAUAACUGGUUGCAGUGCAGCGCGAUAUUGUGGUAGAUAGAUUUUUGUUUUUCACUAACAAAAAUUUAAAGAUUUUUUUUUUAAACAGGGUAAUAUAUAGAAAGGAGACAUCAAGUUUAAUUUGAUCUAAAUUAUAGUGAUUGGUAGUACUCCCUUUACUUCAUGAGUAUUUUAAAAUAGUUAUCAUUAAUGUUUAAAAUUAGCAUUAAUAACGAAUAUUAAACGGGUACAAAGUGAUAUUAUAACAACUGUAUUAUUUUGAAAGUAGGUAUAAUAAUUUAUUAUUUUCCUACAUUCUAAAAUAAUUAUUAUAUUACAUAAGAUAGCUCAUUAUGGUUUCUCUUUAAAUUUUAUUUUAUUCGGUUGUUUGCACAUUGUUAAAAAACUAUAUAUAAUGAAGUAAUAUAGGUGGGUAAUAAUAUCUUUAGUCGCCGAUUUCCUAGAAUGUUCAUCCACACAUAUAUUAUGUAGUAUGAAUAAAAAAUUAUUUUAAAUUUAGAUUUAGUCUUUUAAUUGAAACCUCCACACGAAAAUUUUUUUUAAAAAAUGCUUUUAUAAAAUAUUUUAUUAAACUUCAUAUUGUGAAACAAAAACAAUUCUAAUAAUUUUUGCAUUCUGGCUGACUUCGAAUUCGAUUAACAAAUUGUGUACAAUGCUUUGUGACGUCAUGCACGUAUGAUAUAUGUGACAUGCAUAAUUAUAUAGGUACAUGUAUGACUCUAAGAUAUGAGCAUAAAUACACAAUAACAAAAAAUUAUUUCAUUUGGUCAAAUUGUGUAUUAUACUCUCGAUAAAUUGUAAUAAAACAAAAAUAAUAAUAUCAGUAAUCAAUAACCAUACUAUAAUAUUCAAAUCAAAUUUUUUCUUAAACUAAGUAAAAUAAUUUGAUCAUAAUAUCGAUUUUUGGAUAAGUAACAAAUUUACAAAGUACGUGAUAAAAUUAUAAACAUUAUUUUGUAAUAAAAUAUUAUGUACACAAGUAUAUUGACCAUUCAGAAAAAAAAAAUAAUAAUAAUAUAAAUGUCGAUACCUAUUAUAAUUGACUACAUAAUAAUAUUGUUGUGUAACUAGUUUUUAUUAAAUAUCUUUUCUUUUUUUUUUUUAAACAUAUGCAUUAACAAAUAGACAAUAAUAUUAUACACAUAAACUUAUUAAGGAAUGCUAAUGUGUCCAAUAAUUAAUUACACAAUUGUAAAAUUUAAUUAAAAUGACGCCAUAUUUGCGUUUUUAUUUAGACCAUUAUCAUUGUCUUUUCGUUGGUGAUUUUUCGAUAUUUGAAUUUCUAAGCGAGAUACGAGUAGGUAUUUAAAAUAUCACGAUUUAAAAAUUCAAAUAUCGAAUGUAAAAUGAAAGGGGUACAAAUAAUAUUAUUAUAUUAUUCUUUUUAAGUUUGGUAAUUGGUCAAUUCACUCAUAAUUUAAAACUAACAGCACACAAUUUUCCUAAAUGAACCUAAAUUUGCAAUGCCAUGCGUUUAUAAAACUGUGACAAUAGAUGCGGUUGUGGUUUCCUCUAAAAGUGAUUUUUUUUUUUUACAAGUUCUAAAAUAGGUAGGUAAGUAUACCAGUACCUGGUUACUGGUGUAACAAUAAAUAAGUAUUUAGUAAAUAUAUAUUUUAUUUUUAACCUGAGCCAUAAUUACAGAUAAUAUUAUCUAUGCUACAAUGUUUUGUCCACAAAUGCUUACAUGCCAUUUUUUUUAUAUUACAAAUUUAGAUACCUGGAAAAAUAAAAUAAUGUAGUGUUCAUAUAUUUAUGAAAGAAGUACUCAAGGAAUUGUUCAAUCAGUAAAAUGAUUUAAUUAUUGUAUUAGUAUAAAUUCCGUUUCCUAAUUCUUUUUAUGCCGAUCUAAUAUUAUACUCCCAUCUAUACCUAAUAUAAUAAUUUUUGUUGGAAUAGUUAAAUUUAUUUGACAGAUUUUAAUCAUAGUAUAUGCAUAUUUUUUUUACACCUACCAUAAUUUAAAAUAUUAUGAUUCAUCAACUAUUAUCUCAAUGUUAUCAAUAAUUAUCGCGUACCUAAUAAGAAAGUAAUAGUACAAUUAAUAAAAAAUAUUUUUUUUUUAAAUUUAUGCGUGCGUUUUUUGAUGAUAUAACCUUGGUUAUGUUUGAGAAAUUUCAACUGAAUUAAUCUGUGUGCUACCUAGGUAUACGCAGUUAUAAUCCAUUACUCCAGUGAAGGUCUAACUAGGUAUUUAUAUUAUCUGUAGAAAUUAUUAAAGGUACCUAUAGUACACAUAGGUCCUCAAUACAUAAUUCUAUUUUUGAUGUUGAAAGAAUUGUUUAUUAUUAUUAGAGAAAUUUAUAUUAUGAAUGUAUCAGUGUUAAACAGGCACGUAGUCUGGAAUUUUCAAAGGGAGGGUGUUACGAAAAAAUGCGAAAUCUUUUUCAUUAUCACUAUUAAUUAAAUACUUAUUAGAGAACGUGCUUCGACACAUCAAAUUAGCGUUCUGUAGGGACAACUUUGUGCUAUUAAUUUUAAUAUUAGAGUCAAAUUGACCUACCUAUUUAUUAUUAUCAAACUUAAGGAUAAUAAUAUUAUCUGUACAAUAUUAGUGAUGAUUAUUCGACAUUUUAAUUUUCAAACAUUUUCUAUGAACAUUAUUAAAUUUUAAUAUUUCACAUAUUAUAUAUUAUUCAUAUCUCGUUUGAAAAUUAAAAUAUGGAAAAAAUAGCACCAACAUUAACACGAUAAUUUUCACUAUAAUAUUAAAACUAUAACAGCAUAGUAUUGUCCCUGCUACAAUAUAUUUAUGUCUUUCUCGAUGGAAAAAAUGGAAAUCUUAUUCAAUUAUAUUAAUAACUUUUAUAAAAAAUAACCAUAAACCACUAUCAUAGUUUGGGGCAUCAAUAAUAAAUAAUCUUUCACAUCACAAUUUGUUUAGUUUUCAGUACGAACAUUGUAAUGAAAUUUACAUAGUUAGCCACAAUAUGGCUACAUUGUAAAAUAAUUCAUUUUUUAUCAUUUUAUUACAUAUCUAUCUGUAUUAAAUAAACAUUGUCAAGGGGAGGGUUUUCGCUACGCCAUUGAACUAUUAAACUAUAAUGUUUAAUUUGCAAAUAUAUAAAUUAAAUACGGAAAACGGAUAAUUCGUCCCGGGAUAAUCUGUCUCCGUGAAAAAAACUCUGUAUGCGGACAAUCUUUCCCCGUCAUAAUUUUAUACAUGAACAUUCCGUCCCCGGUAAUAUUUUUUGCAACACGAUUUUAAAAGAUUGUGUUUUGAAAUAAUUUUAUGAAACCUAUAAGUGACACAGAAAAAAAAAUGUACCUAUUUGUUUUAGUAUCUACUUUUAAAAAUAUGAAAUUUUAAAUUAUUUAUGCAGUUGAAGUAUAUUAAUAUUAAUAAUUCUAAUUAUUUUAUUUUAUUUUAUUAAUUUUAUUUUUUAAAUUUGUAUAAUAUUUUUAUGAUUAUAUUCUGACCAUUUUGACUAUAACUUCUUUAUAAAUUCAAACUACCUUGUACACAUUGUACACAUUUUAUAAAAAAAACAACCUAUAUUAUUAUAUUGCAUUUUUUACGUUUCAAAAAUAUAAUUGUAUUAUAGUUUAGUAUUAAAAAUUGUAAGUGAUAAGUGACAAGAAAAAUGUUAGGAAAAAAUGUAUUAAAAUGUAAUCUUAUAAAAACAUGCUGAAAAAAAUUUAACGGGGACGGAUUGUCCCCAUUAGACGUUAGAGGAAGAUUUAUUAUCCUAGAUCCGUAUUUUUUGGAUCUAUAUGGAAUUAUUAAAUCAUAAUUAGGUAGGUAUUUAAAAUGUAAAUUAUGGAUUGAAUAUGAUGGCUAUGGUGGUAAAUAUAAAUGUAUUAUUUCAGAUGUGGUUUGUAAAGUGAUUAAUUUUAAACAAUUAUAAAUUAUCUAAUUAAAUACAAUACAAUAAUAAAGGAACAUAAUUUUAAAUGAAAAACGUUAAAUAUUUUCAUUAUAAUAUGAACUGUAUGCAUUUUUAUUUAUAAAAUACAAACAUAAUAAUAUAAUAUGUAGAUACAAAAGUACCUGCCUAUAAUAAAUUUAUAAUAUUAAAUUAUUUUUACAAUAUAUUAUUCUUAUACACAGUUAAUAUACAACAAACAAUUAUAUUGCAGGUGAUGUUUUGGUUAAAUAUAAAACUGUACUAACAUGGAAUUGCCUAGGAUGGCUUUAAGUGAUAAGUAUGGAGUCGAUAGGCCAGCAGCCAUUAUGGUCAGGGGAGCCUACAAGAGGUAUAAUCCACACAGCGUCGUCCUUAGAGGCCUUAACAUGACUGUACCCGAGGGCACGAUGUGAGUAAAAUAAUAUACCUACUUAAUCUAAUUAUUAUAACAUGUGGAUGGAAUUAUUUUGUUUAUUGUAAUGUAUACGCAUUCCAUAGCUAAACAAUUUGUAUUUUAUUUAAUUAUUUAGCAUAAAUGCAGUUUAUUAGUUCUUAUUCUCGUUUUAAAAUUUUUUUCAAAAUGUACUUUUUUUUUUUUUUUUUAAAUAGGUAUGUGUUUAAAUUUACUGAAUUUAAUAUUGUUUGAAAAUAGUGUUAUCCUUUUUAUUUUGUUCAGCAUUUUAAAUUCCGUAUUUUUGAAUAGGUACUGACUAGCAAAUCCGGCAAAUGUUAAUGAGUGGUUACUACACUGAUAAAACAGCAUUUAUUUUCGAUUAAAAGUCAAAAGGGCCGGUCUCACAUUGGUGAGGCUUAGAUUUACAUUUAUAGGACAUUUGGUUUCUUGUAGUAUUAGGUUGGAUAUUUCGGUUAAGUAAACUAGGUGUCUCCCGUCCCCGUCUCCCUCGGUUGUGACGAAGAGUGCCGCCCAGUAGUUUCAGCAAGCUGUCCCCCAAACGUGCGAUUGUUUGUUCUAUGUAUUAUAUAUUCUGUAUAGUGCCAUACAGUAUUAAAAUCUUUAUAACUCAUAAAAUCAUAUAUUAUGAACAUUUCUGAUUGCACAAUCACAUUCAGCAUUAAAAACCUAGCCCUUUCAAAAAAAUUUGAUUUUAAUUUUUUUUAGUAUAACAUCCAAAAUAAAAAAAGCUAAUAAAAAAAAACCGAGAUUGGGAGAUAAACUGCAUUUAUUCCAAUUAUUUAAUAAAUACUGUUAUUGUAAUUUAAACCUAAAUGACAUAAUAUUUUUAAUCUUAUUAAUCACUGAAUAAUAAAUCUAUUGUUAGUGUGUCAUUCAACUACCUAUAUAAUAUUUUCGUGUUAAGCGUUGAGCCAACACAAAUUGAAACUGAUAUAAUAUGUACCUACCAAUUGAUGAUUAGGUAUUUACUCACCUAAAUAUUAAAUUAUUGAAUGGGUAAUUAAUUAUUGUAAAUUAACGUAAUAUUUAAAUCAUCUCACAAGUAGAGUACCUACAUAAUUAGUAUAGUGUUUUCGUGUAGAACACUAGCAAAAGACAAAUUAUGUAUCUAUCUAAGUAUUAUACAUUGUAAAUUACAAUCAAUAGGAUUUUGUUGAACGAAUCUAUGUACAUAUCUAUGAUAUAAUAGUUGGAGAAAGGUGAUUAUCAUUUGACAACAACGUCAGGGUCAUUGAUGUAACACAGAAUAAAAAUAUGAUGUGCAUCGUUAUGUCCUUACAAAUUAUAUAUACUUUCUAUAUCAGAUUUGUUUUAUACUAGUAGUGGGUACUAAAUAAAAUUUGUUUAAAGGUAAACUUAUUUGAAAACCUCUAAAAAACUGUAUGUCAUUGAAGAGAAACUAUGUCCUAGUUAAAAACAAUAUAAACAUCGAUACACAUAUUUACAAAAAUGUAUUUUUAUUAAAGUACCUACAAGUAUUUUUAUUUAAAAAUUGUUUAGUAUUAUUUUAUAUCAUCAUGACAUUAUAUAAUUUUUGUAUUGUACUUAUUGUAACAAAAUGUAUGAAAAAAAAUUUCAAUGACUUGAAAAAUGUAUAAUAUGACUUAAUAUUGAUCAAGAGUUCAAUCAUUUAACAUUUACAAAAUUAUAAAAUAAAACAAUCUUUUCCAAUUAAAAAUGAAACAAUUUUUUUUUAUUUUCAGGAUGUUAUUAAGUAGAUAUGCAAUAGAUUUAUUAUAGAUCCAUUAAAUAAUUAAUACAACACGUAGAAUGAAAUAUCUUAUGUAUUAUUAGUUUUACUUAUUUUCAUUUUUUUUUCCGGCAUAUAGUUAUGGUCUUCUAGGCCCCAGUGGAUGUGGUAAAACUACUUUACUCAGUUGUAUGGUUGGGCGGUGUCAACUUGAUGCUGGGGAUGUACAAGUCAAAGCUAGGACGAAAACUAACAUCGGAUAUAUGCCUCAAGUAAUUAUUAAUAAUUAUUGUUGUUUAUUUUUAUUACAGGCAGAUAUACAAUAACAAAAUUAUUGAAUUAUACAUUUAUUAAGUACUUACCUAAUAUUUUUAUUUUAGGAACUUGCUUUAUACAAAGAAUUUAGCAUUAAAGAAACUAUGACUUAUUAUGGUCGGCUCUUUGGUAUGAGUCACAAACAAAUAGAAACCAGAACAUAUGAAUUAUUAAAAUUUUUAGAACUACCAAAUGAAAAAAGCAUUGUUAGUCGAUUAAGGUUAGUUUAAGCAAAAAUAAUAUUUACAUUGCUAAUUUUAUUGGCUUAUGGUUAUUAUUAAUAUAAUAUAAACUUAUGAUAAUUUACUAUUUUCAUUAUUUUAGUACAUUUAAAGUUUAUAAAAAAAAAAAAUAUUAGUUUAACGGUUUAUUAUUGAUAGUGGUGGUCAAGAAAGGAGAGUGUCAUUUGCAGUUGCAUUGCUUCAUGAUCCUCAACUUCUUAUACUAGAUGAACCUACUGUAGGUGUGGAUCCAGUAUUAAGUGCUAGGUUAGUGGACUACUGCAUACAGGUAUAAAUGAUUAUUAACAUAUUAUUAUUAUUAUAUUCUUGUGUUUAUAAAGUAUUUGGCAACAUCUCCUAGACAUGACAGCAAAUGGAAAUAAAACUGUUGUAAUCACCACACAUUAUAUUGAAGAAGCCAGACAAGCACAUACGGUUAGUAAUUUUUAGUGUUGUGAAUUUAUUAUUGAAAACUUAUUGCAAUGAAAGAUGGUGGUAUAGUACUCAUUUUUAAUAAAGGUUAUGAUUUAACUCAAAUUAUCUUAUAUCCAUCCUAUUUUAUGAAAAAAAAUUAAGUCGUUUAUUCUGAAGAGACCAAUAAAAAUUGAUCCAUUCAAUUAGAUAUUCUUGUAUAAAUUUUGUGAUUAUUUUUACACUAAAGAAAAAAUAAUUUUAGAUCAUUUUUAAUUGCACAGUAUAAAAAAAAUUGGUGUUUUUGUUACAACUAAUUAGAAUAUUAUUUUAUAUUUACAGAUUGGAUUAAUGAGAGAUGGUACAUUGUUAGCUGAAGAAUCUCCUAAUCAAUUACUUCUGAAACAUAACUGCUCUACUUUGGAACAAGCUUUCUUGGAACUUAGUAAACGUCAAACUAGAAGCAGUAUUAUGGACAGAGAAGACGAAAAUUGUGUAUGUAUAAGCUAUACACAAUUAAAUAUAUUUAUUUUAAAAACUAAUUGAUAGAAAUUGUAUUUAUUUUUAGUGAAAUACCUUACAUUAAUAAUAGGUAACUUAAAUUUAUUAAAACAAUCAUUAUUCACAAUUAAACCAAUAUACCACUAAUCUGAUUUUUGUUAUUUAUAAAUAUUAUUUAUAGUAGGUACAAUAGAAUCCAGUAUUAAAUUCCCAAUUUCCCCUAAAUGUAAUAUCCCAAUCUUUUACCCCUUUGCAACCCUCAUAUCCUCAAAUUUUGCCUUCACAUCUUAACCCCUCACCCAAAAACUCCUCUCACAUCCUUUUAUAACUUGUACAAGUUGAAAAGAUAGGAUAUCACUUAUAGGUAGGUACCUAUUUAUCAUAAAAAUAGAUAAGAGUCUGUAAACAAAUGCAAGAACUCGUAUUUUAAAUUUAAAAAAUCACCUAAUAUAUACUGUUAUAAAUAGGAAUAAUUCCCGAAUAGCCUUGCUUGUAACAAAUUAAAUAUCCAUAAAUAUCAUUACUUAGGUACUUCCACUACCAAUCUCACAGUUUUCUACACCUCCCUCACAUCCCUCGUAAGCCUCAUAAGGGUUGGUGAACUCAUUUAGUAAUAACUACUAAGUAAUAACUCACUAGUAAUAAUAGAUAUAAUAGAUAGGCAACAUUUACUAUAUAAAUCUAAUAAAGUUUUAGUAUGUUAUCAUGACCAUACCCAAAUGAUAAGCUUUGAGGUAAUAUAUUUUUUAAUGCUACUUCAUGGGUAUUUAUUAUGGAUAGCUUAUUCAUUCUAUACUACAGAUGGUAUGAUAUUAAAAUUAUUUUUUGACAUAUUAAAAAAAAGUUUAUUCAGCAACUUAUCAGAUGUGGUUCUCUAAUCCUCUAUACCCUCCACUAAGAAUAAUCUCUCAAUUCUGUAAUUUUUUAUUGGAAUCGAUUAAGUAUCUAUAAACCAAACCAAUACUGACUUUGAUUAUGUACAAAUAGAUUCAGUUUUAAUAUUAUUAUUUUUAUUUUUUAGAAUAUUGAAAUGUAUCCUGUACCAGCUAGAAAACCAUUGCCACCACUGAAACCAGAUAGUAUUUGUUCAAAGAUGCGAAUUUUAGCACAGUUAUUGAAAAAUUUUUAUUGGAUGAAAAGAAAUAUACCGUACUAUAGAUAAAUAUUAAUAAUUAUCUUCAUAAAUACGCAAUUAUAAAUCAUUAAUGAUUUAAGUUUAAAAUGUCUUCUAUUUUUAUUAACCAUUAUUAUAUUAUCAUAAACAUGUAAAUUAAAAUAUAUAUAAUAUUUAUUGUUGCGUAUAAGAAUUAUACUUACAAAAUUAAUUAAAUAUUUCACAUAAUAAUUUAUUUUGGUUAUAUUUUUUUAAAAUUAUUUUAUAGAAUCAUGUGUUUCCUAAUGAUAUUACCUGUUGUUCAAUGCUACUUGUUUUGCACUUGCAUUGGCCGUGAUCCACAAGGGCUGAAAUUAGGAGUGGUCAAUGAAGAGCUUAAAACUGGAAUGUCAAAUUGCAGUAAUUAUCUUGCCAGAGGAUGUAAUUUUAGUGUACCAUUAAGUUGUCGGUAUUUACAAAAUUUAAAGGAUAAAAGUUAUAAAUUGGUUAGUGUUAUUGUCUACAUACAUAAUUCAUCAAUAAAAAUGUAAAUAUGAUUGUUAUUUUUAAACAGGUAGACUAUGAUUCUUUAGAUGAAGCAAAAUUUGCUGUCAAAAAAAAUAAGGUUUGGGGAGUGUUAUAUUUUGAAGACGGUUAUUCUGAAUCGCUUGGUGCACGGAUUCAAGAGCCGGACAAUUUGACAGAAAGGGUUUUAAAUAUCAGUGAUGUCAAUAUAUGGCAAGACAUGUCUAGUAAUGCAUAUUAUAGAAUUAUUAUUAUAAUGUACCUGCAAUAUUUUGAAUUGUUACAAAAUAAUUGAUUGAUUAUUGUGGUUUUUUUUUUUAGACCAAUAUGUGAGUAAUCUAUUACGAAGAGAUAUGCUCUCAAGGUAUGUACUUUUCUUACAAAGUGUAUUCAGAGAUUGUGAAUGGCCUGUGGCAUUGGCUGAUAUACCACUUAAGGUAUUAAUUAAUAAAAAAAUUUAUUAUAAUCUAAUAUAAUAGCAUUAAUUUUUGAUAUUGAUAAUAUUUCUUUGUUUAGAUGGAAGAUGCAGUUUAUGGAAAUAACAACCCAAGUUUCGGGCAUUUCACAGCGCCAGCCAUUAUAUCACUGUUAGUUAAACUUUAUAAUAAUACAUAUAUCUAAAUAUUUGCAUUAUUAGUUUUAUAGUAUUAACUAUAAUAUGUGGGCAUUUAAUAUUUUAAAUUAAAAUGAACAUACCUAAACAAAAAUUAAAAUAAUAAUUCAAUCUGUUAUUAUUUUGUCAAUAGAUUUGAAUUUUACCUUCCUAUGGUAUUCACUGUGGGAGCAAUACUAAUGGAAAAGAUGGGAGGGUUAUUGGAAAGAAGUCUAGUUGCCGGUAAUUAUUUAAAUACCUAUUUAUUUUAUAUUCAUUAUACUUAUUGUGAUUAUAACUGUAAAACUGUAAAUUCAUUGAAACAUUAUUAUUUGAAGGCGUGACAGUGACAGAAGUAUUGUUAUCUCACAUUGUAGUCCAAUAUAUUGUUUUGAGCGUUCAAACCGCUUUAAUGAUGUUGGUACUGUUUGUGUUCUUUGACAAUCCAAUGGUGGGGAGUUUGGUUUGGACACUAUCAUUGCUCUUCUUGACUGGGACCAGUGGAAUGUGUUAUGGUAAGCAACUGCAAGUAAAUACAUCAGAUGAAUCAGUUCAUAUGAACUUUUAGUACCUAAUUAUAGCUAAUAUACAAAUAUCCAAAUAAUAGUAAUGACUUCUAUAAGUAGAUACCAAUAAAAAAGUUUCUCGUUGGUAAUUAAACUUGUUUCACACACUAACUUCUUCUAAACCCAUUUAUAAUAUUAUAAUAUAAUAUAUAUAAUAUAAUAUAUAUAAUAUAAUAUAUAUAAUAUAAUAUAAUAAUAAUAAUAUUAUAAUAUUGUAAUUUUUUUUGGACCUAAGUUUUAAAUUUAUAAAUAUUUUUUUGAUUGAAAAUAGGGUUUAUGGUGUCAGUAUUCUGUAACACAGACACGUCGGCCACAUUUAUGGGGUUGGGAAGUUUCUUCCCUCUAGCCAUGCUCAGUGGAAUGAUAUGGCCAUUGGAAGGCAUGCAUUGGCUACUGAGGUCAAUUGGUUGGAUUUUGCCAAUCACUUUGUCAACAGAGUCGUUUAGAGCCCUGUCUGCCAGAGAUUGGUCAAUAACACAUCCCACAGUAUAUAAAGGAUUUUUGUCCGCCUCGGGUUGGAUUGGUGUAUUUAUGCUCGUUACCAUAAUCGUAGUGAAAAAAAAUAAUGGCCUUCGAAAUGUAACAAAAUAAUAAUUGUAAUUAAAUUGUACAUAAAUGUAUUAUAAAUUGUAGUGUACAAGUUAAAAUUAGGUGUUUGUAGUGUCGAACAGUCCAAAAUUUAUAUAGUUUGUAUUAUUUAAAAUUCAUCACGUAAUGUCAACCUUAUUACCUACCUACUAAUUUCUUGGUUAUUUAAUAAUUAGUUACUACCUAUAUUUUAUAGAAUUACCAUUAAUAAGUUAUGAAAAUAUUACCUACAUAUUGUUAUAAAUUGUAAUUUUAUUGAUCAUUGUAAAUUACCCAUUUAUAUUUGGUAUAAUUUUAUUCUUUUAAUGACUUUAUUGUAAUACUUAGAAAGCUUUUAGAAUUGUGACUUUUGUACCGCACUUAUACAUAUUAAAGCAAACAUGUCUAUUGUAGAUGCUUACCCAUCACGUUUUGGGUAGUUAAACAACGUAAUUACCAAAAUACUUACAUUUUUACGACUAAAGUUAGGUAACAUUAUUACGUAAAAUAAAUUUUGACAAUAGAAAUACGUCAAAUACUUGAAAAAUGUCUAAUUUUCUAUUUUGAAUUGGUUUUAAUAAAAUCGAUAGACAAGAUAAAGUU